UCACAGUCCCCUUUGUGAAGUAUGAGUGACCCUGCUUGGAGAAAGAGUGCGCUAUGAAGCAGGGUUGGGUGGAAGAACCAGGAAUGGAAGCCAGGAGUAUUAACUCCCACUCCCCUGCUCUACCCAUUAGACCCUGCUCUCAAAGCCAAGGACAGAACCCAGCGACUGUGCUUUGACAACUGGAUAACGCCAUAUUAAGAAAGUGAUGGAGAACAAUAAGAAAAUAGUGACAACAAAGACAUUGCUGGGACAGCCUCAGAGUAGCAGAUCAGUGCUGUCAAAGUGUCCCCGACCGGAGGAACUGCGCUCUGAGCAUCCUGUCACAAGGUCAGCGCUAGCCCAGCUUGCAGCAAGGAAAGCCGAGAGUCAGGCCGCCCGGCGCUGGGAGGGCAGAGACCGCGGCAGAAUGUCGGACUCCCUGGUCGUGUGCGACGUGGACCCCGCGCUCACGGAGAAGCUGAGGAAAUUCCGCUUCCGGAAGGAAACCAACAACGCGGCCAUCCUCAUGAAGAUUGACAAGGAGCGGCAGCUGGUGGUGCUGGAGGAGGAAUUCCAGGACAUCUCUCCGGAGGAGCUGAAGAGCGAGCUGCCGGAGCGCCAGCCCCGCUUUGUGGUGUACAGUUACAAAUACGUCCACGAUGACGGGCGCAUCUCCUACCCGCUCUGCUUCAUCUUCUCCAGCCCACUCGGGUGCAAGCCGGAGCAGCAGAUGAUGUACGCCGGGAGCAAAAACAGGCUGGUGCAGGCAGCCGAGCUCACCAAGGUGUUCGAGAUCCGGACCACGGAGGACCUGACCGAGGAGUGGCUGCGGGAACGGCUGGCCUUCUUCCGCUAGGAGGCGGAGAGAUCCCCCCACGGCCGGCUCCGAGACCCCCUCGACUCCACCGGGCCCGGGACCCCCACCCCCUCCAGCGACUGUCGGGGAAGCAAAUAAACCCCUUGGAAUCCAA